AGUGUUCUGCGGUCUCGCUUCCUUCAGUGGCAGGAUAAGCAGCAGACUACAAGCUACCGAGAUAGGCUGCUUUGAAAAAGAUACAAAUAUACUUCAGUCUUAAAUAGAACCGAUUAAACAUAGCAGACCCUCCAAGAAGCGUCCAACAUUUGAAUCUAACAGUAUUGACAGAAUGGCGAGGAAAGGUUGGGAUGAGAAUUCAUUGGAGUACGCUGUAAUAUCACAGUGACCCACAACAUUGUCUUCAGUAUUUACCUCCUACAUCACAAUGACAUCGAGAAAUGAAAUAUAAGAUUUUUAUUGAAGAUUAGGUUUAGUGGUGAAAGCUUUGGGACUGUCAGCGCUUCUUGUAGUGGGGAGUAAGCUGGCCAUGUCAGGGGUCCCAACCCCUCCUCCUCCAGGGGAGAUGACCAGCGGCCCUGUGGCAGAAAGCUGGUGCUAUACACAGGUCAAAGUAGUGAAAUUUUCCUACAUGUGGACCAUAAACAACUUCAGCUUUUGUCGAGAAGAGAUGGGUGAAGUAUUAAAGAGCUCUACCUUCUCCUCAGGGCCUAAUGAUAAAAUGAAAUGGUGCCUGCGAGUCAAUCCGAAGGGACUCGAUGAUGAAAGUAAAGAUUAUCUAUCGCUAUAUUUGCUACUAGUUAGUUGUCCAAAAAGUGAAGUCAGAGCCAAGUUUAAAUUUUCUUUACUGAACGCUAAAAGAGAGGAGACAAAAGCUAUGGAAAGCCAAAGAGCCUAUCGGUUCGUCCAAGGCAAAGACUGGGGCUUCAAAAAAUUUAUUAGAAGAGAUUUUCUGCUUGAUGAAGCAAACGGGCUGCUACCAGAUGACAAACUUACAUUAUUCUGUGAGGUGAGCGUUGUCCAGGAUUCAGUCAAUAUAUCUGGACAGUCCAACGUGAACAUGCUUAAGGUUCCAGAAUGCCAGCUGUCCGAUGACCUGGGAAACUUGUGGGAAUGCUCGCGGUUCACGGACUUCUCCCUUUACGUUGGUGGCCAGGAGUUCAAAGCCCACAAAUCCAUCCUGGCAGCGAGAUCACCGGUCUUUAAUGCCAUGUUUGAACAUGAAAUGGAAGAGAGUAAAAAGAACCGAGUGGACAUCAGCGAUGUUGAACCGGAGGUUUUUAAAGAAAUGAUGUGCUUCAUAUACACCGGAAAAGCACCCAAUUUAGAAAAAAUGGCUGAUAGUUUAUUGGCCGCAGCUGAUAAAUACGCUCUGGAGCGUUUAAAGGUCAUGUGUGAGGAAGCCCUUUGCAACAGUCUAUCGGUGGAGAACGUGGCAGAUACCCUCAUCCUGGCCGACUUGCACAGCGCAGAGCAGCUGAAAGCACAGGCCAUAGAUUUUAUCAACAGGUGCAGUGUCCUCCGACAGCUGGGCUGUAAAGAUGGGAAAAACUGGAAUAGCAACCAUGCUACGGAUAUAAUGGAGACCGCAGGGUGGAAGUCAAUGAUCCAGUCUCAUCCACACUUAGUGGCGGAGGCUUUCCGCGCUCUCGCGUCAGCACAGUGCCCUCCCUUUGGCCUGCCUAGGAAGCGCCUGAAACAGUCCUGACAACAUUACCGCUGCUCUUCAGGGCCUGCCCUAGGACAAACGCCAGAAAACCGCAGAGUUCCGACUCUAUCCCAAAAAGACUGUCGACACCAAGCGAUGGGUUUGGUGCCUGAGCUUUAUUUCGCAAACCUUUCCUUCACUUCAAUCAGCCUUAAUCUAUCAUGACUCUUGUGUGGAGCGCUGAAUGAAUUCUCUCAGUUGUACGCUGUGCCUGCCUUGUCCCACGAGACCAGGCCUCUUCCCUGUUGCACUAGUUCUCGCUGUUUUGAUAUGGAAUUCUCUCUAGGAACGCAUCUGGAGUUUGAUCAGUGGGAAAUAAUAUAUAUAUAUAUUCCUAAUGUUUAGUAUAACUAGACAUGAAAUAAUGUUAAAAUGAUGAGUGCAAGGUCUUUACACUUUUUGAAAAGAUAGAUAUGCCCCAUAUUGAUGGCACAAUUUCUAUGUGAAGAAUCAUGUGGGGAGGAAAAAUGCUUGUACUGUUCUAUAUUGUGGGAUAAUAUGCAUUUCAGAUACUUGUAUUGAUGUGUGUAACAAAUGAAAUUAUUAUUGUUUGUGUCUCGCCCAUUGACAUAUGACAUAUGUGUCAUAUAGUCAGUUUUAUGAACGACUACAUUUUUAGACUCAAAUAAGUGUUGCUUCCCUGAAAUAUGGUCUGCAAUAAACAGACUAUUUUUAAGUUGUUGUGUUAGUAAGGUGAAGUUUUGGCCCACCAUUGCAUUUGUGUAAACUGAUUAAACUUUUUAGUUAAGACAAUCCCAUCUUCAACCACACUCUCCUACGUAAUCCUCUGGAAAUCCUCGGGAAAUAUUUGGAUGCUGAGCAUCAAGAGUGUGGCAUUAUUACUAUGUAUGAAUGGAUUGUUGGAUGUGCGGUUGGGAAGAACAAACGGAUCAGCCGUGAUCUAUUGCAGAUUUUUGGUUUUGUCAUGAGCUGUGGUGUUACAUUCAAACUGACAAAGUAAUUUAUAGGAGUCUGAACAUUGUGUCAUGCUAUACUGACUUGUUCUGUUAAAGGACAUGUUUUGGGAAGAUUCUGGAAUUUUUAACAAAUAUUGGCUGCAAGAAUUCCUGCAUUAACUCAUUAAAAGUUUUUCAGCGUU